UUGUGUGUGGUUAUCUAGAUUCUCAAUCAACAAAGAGCAUUUAGUUGUUCAAAACUGUAAUGCAGGUUUAUCAAGCAGUAGUCAAUAUAGCUUUGCAUUGCUACUGUGUAUCAGCAAAUGUAUUACAUAUAGUGAAUGUUGUGUGGGAUAUACAUAGGGCCUCAGUGGGUUCAGAUAUGGUCUGGUGUUGUAUUAGCAUAUCAAUUCUGUAUACUAAUUUUUGGUUUGGUUGUUCUAUGAACGCUUUUGUCUCUUUGAUAGCCACGGCAGUGCUGGCUCAAGAGGUUUCUGAGCUUAUGUUUCAUGAAGGCCAUAAUGGUGUAUUGGAGUGUCCUCGUGACAAUCUCAACACGACGAUCGGGCAACUGUCAUAUGUCUGGUAUUAUAAUGAUAAGUUGAUCGAUGAAGAUAAUGAUGCCUUUGAGUGGGAUGAGACUAGAAGACGUCUAUUCAUACUGAAUGUAACAAAAGUUUAUGACUUCAGUCGAAUCAAGUGUUCGAUUGGGAACACAACUAAAGUACAUGAAUUUGUUAUUUGUGUAAAAGAACGUCUGGUUCCUAGAAUUCAGCUAAAUGAGACAUCUUAUACAAUAUGUGAAGGGAGACAAGUCGAUUUACCUUUAUGGGUGGAAAACUUUGACGGUAUACUUCCAGAUAUGGAGGUUCUCUUGAACAACAAAUCUGUUCCUAUUUCCUCGUGGUCUUACAACCACACAGGACGGCUAUUUAAACUACUUCCAACAUCAAAUAUGUCCUUUGCUGGUGGAUGGUCCAUUAUUGUAAGGAACGAGAGAGAUGAAGCGAUGGCUAAUCUUACUAUUGAAACGGAAAAGUGUUGCUGCAUUCUAGACAUUGAAUUGGACAACCAUUGCACUACAGAAUGUCCUAAUAAAAAUGGAUCGAUUUCAAGUUUUGGAGAAGGAAAACGCGUGCUUUUCUGGAUCUUAAUAGCCACCUUGUUUAUCUUAUUUCUUAUUGGAUAAACUGGAAGGUGUAGAAGGGCGUUGACGGCCCAUACUCUAAUGAGUCUGAUCGAUAAAUGAAUUUUAGUGCAAUGCUUUGAAAUUGGAAGACAAUUUUCUGGGAUAGCUGAUUUAAAAUGUGUGAAAACGUGAUUGAACCACAUUGUGUAGACUAUAUGAACUGUAGUGCUUAAUAAUGACAAAGAUUUUUAAAGCAUGUAUCCUGCAUCACUAAUCUACUUUCUUCUUUAGCAGUAUGUA